AUGUCAUCUAUACAUAUAAUUUAUAAAACUGGUAAAACUACAGUACCUGUCAUUGCAUCAACUGUAAUGAUGGAGGUAUUAAAAAAAGCUUGCCAAUAUUUUAAAAUUGAUGAUUCACGUUUCCAAUUAAUGUAUGGAUCAACAUAUGUUAAUUUAUCAUUACCAUUUAGAUUAUCAGGUAUACCAAAUUUAAGUAGAGUUACUAUAAUGGAAAAAAAAGGAGCCUCAAUCUCAACAGUAAAGAUUGCAAUUCAAAUGGAUGAUGGUAAAAGAUUUCAAUCAAAUUUUAAAACAAGUUCAACACUUUGGGAUAUUUUAUUAACAUUUGAAACCGAACAAAACUUAUCCUUAACUAAAAGAUUCAAUGAUGUUAAUCAAUACAUUGAACCAGUUGUAACAAUUUUAAAUAGAGAGAUCUCAACAAUUGAAUCACUUCAAAAAUCAUCUUUAGCAUCAAUAAAUGUUAAUGAAGCAUCAUUAAUUAAAUUAACUUUUAAACAAACUGAUAGAACUAAUGAAGAGGUAUUACCAAUUAUUGUAUCAUAUCAAUCACCAUCAACACCAACAGAAUCACCAACAACAACAACAACUACUACUACUACAACUACUACCAAUAAUACAACUAAAGAAGAAUCACCAAAAACAACAAAUUCACCAACCAAUAGCGAAUCCUCAACUAAAUCCCAAAACAGUAGUGGUUCACAACAAUCUCCAAUAAUUAUUUCUCCACCAACACAACAAUCAACAAGUUCUGAUGUUUCAACUCCAACUAUGGACAUUGAUUCACCAUUAGUUAAAAAUGUAGAAAAAUCACCAAUAUCUGAUUUAGGAUUAAACCCAUCAUCUAAUAUUCCAUUACCAGAUAAAACAUAUAAUAAUGAAACUACUACUACCACAACAACAACAUCAAAUAAUGAUGUUCAAGUUUCAACACCACCAAAAAUUGCUACAAUGGAUCAUAAAGAUAGAGAACUUUUAGUUUAUACACCAUCAAAUAAUCAAGUUGAUCCAAAAUCAAUUAGACACAAUGAAAAAAUGACAGAAGAGGAUAUUAAAAGAUUAGUUGAGGCUAAUAAAAGAGUUAAAAAAGAAAAAGAGGAAUUUGAUUCAGUAUUAAGAACUAAAGCAAUGAGAGAAAGAGAAGCCUAUAAAAAACAUAAAAAUUUUAGUACGUCAAUCAUUCGUAUUGUUUUUCCAGGUGGUCAAAAAAUUUUAGAAAUGAAAUUUUUAAUAAGAGAGAAAAUUUCAAAUUUACUCAAAUAUAUUAAUGAAUAUAUUCUAGCUCAACCAAAUGAUUCAGUUUAUUUAUACACAACACCACCAAAUAAAACUUUGGAUUUAAAUACUACAUUUUUAAAAGAAGGUUUAUUCCCAAGAGCAAAAAUAUUUUUAGGUGUUUCACCAGGUACUACACUUAUAUUUAGUGAAUUAGUUAAUGAAUUAAUUGAAGAAUCAAAUAAUAAAAAUAAUAAUAAUAAUAAUAACAAUAAUACAACCACCACCACCACUUCAACAAUUUCCCAAGAAGAAUUAGAUAAACAAGAAGAAGAACAAGAAAGAAUUGAAGAGCAAAUGAAAAUUGAAGAAGAGAAACAAUUAAAGUUAGAGGAUGAACAAGAAAAAGAAAGACAAAGAGCAUUACGUUCAAUGUUUAAUAAUGAAAAAGAAGGUGAUUCUCAAAAACGACCAGUUCCAAAAUGGUUUACAGCUGGAAAAAAAUAA